GACUGCAGCAUUUUGUGUCGUUCAGCCAACCAGCAUUUCCUUCGAGGCAGAGCGCGCUCGGAAAGAGGAGGAAGUCGAAAAAUAAAGGACACCGAAUUAAUAUAUACGUUAGAAUAUGUCUAUGAUAUCUACGGUCUAACAAGGGACUGUGGUUGGUCUCACAACUGCCUAAAAACCUUCGGGUUUACCUCAAUAAUCCGAAUUUGAAAUUACACUACCCGCCACUCAGCAUACUGUCACCUCGCCAUACUUCGAGUUGAGAGACGAACGGGGACGGGAAACAUUUCGGAAUAGGCUUAGCUACCUAAUAUUUACAUUGUAAAUUGGUAUUACAAACUUGAUAAUUAUAAACGUUAAGGUGGUAGAAGUACUCAAGAAAAGGUUUUAGCGAGCUAGUUUGUUUCAAACUAUUCGUCACGAGAACUUGAGGUUCUCUCUGAGAAAAGUUGUUCGACGUCCACGAGCCGUCAGAGGCCUGUGGUCGAGGCUGCAUGCAGCAGACACCAUCGGCGUGUAGUGUCGGUGACAUUAACAAGAAACAUGUCGGCUCAAGCGCAAAUGCGAGCGAUGUUGGACCAGUUGAUGGGCACAAGUAGAGAUGGGGACACCAUGCGCCAGAGAAUCAAAUUUACAGAUGAGCGGGUCUGCAAGAGUCAUUUGCUGGACUCCUGUCCUCACGACAUUCUCUCCGGCACUAGAAUGGACCUGGGAGAGUGUGUGAAGGUCCACGACCUGGCCCUCAGGGCUGACUUCGAGAUCGCCUCCAAGCAACAGGAGUACUUCUUUGAGCUUGACGCAGCUGAGCACCUUCAGUCGUUCAUCGCUGACUGUGACCGCAGGACUGAGCUAGCAAAAAAGAGACUAGCUGAGACGCAGGAUGAGAUCAGCGCUGAGGUUGCCGCCAAGGCUGAGCGGGUCCACGAGCUGAACGAGGAGAUCGGUAAGCUGCUGGCCCGGGCGGAGCAGCUCGGGGGCGAGGGGAAUGUGGAAGAGGCACAGGAGGUCCUGGAGAAGGUGGAGAAGACUCGCGCAAUGAAGAAGGAGGCAGAGGACGUAUACAGGAACUCGAUGCCGGCGUCCAGCUUCCAGCAGCAGAAGCUCCGGGUGUGCGAGGUGUGCUCCGCCUACCUAGGUCUCCAUGACAACGACCGCCGCCUAGCUGACCACUUCGGAGGCAAACUGCAUCUGGGAUUCAUUGAGAUCCGGGAGAAGCUGGAAAGGCUACGGAAAGCCGUUGUGGAGAAGCAAGAAGGAAUGCGAAUGAGAAGAAGGGAGGAGCGUGAAAAGGAGGAAGAGAGAGCAAAGGAGUGGGAGCUGGAGCGAGAACAAGAGAGGGAAAAGGAGAGGGAGCGUGAAACUGAACGUGUACGGGAGAGGGAGAGGGAGAGAGAAAGAGAGAGGGGGGAGAGAGAUCGCCGGAGGACAAGAUCAAGAAGCGGUGAACGAUACAGGGAGGGAGGCAGCUCAUCCUCCCAUCGCUCGAGACGACACCGCUCCUCUCGUCCCCGGGAGGAGGGAGGAGGAGAGCGGGACAGGGAACGUAAGCAUAGACACAAGGACGGGCAUCGCUCGCGCUCCCACUCUCACAGGAGCAAGAGGAAGAGGUCUUCCAGGGACAGAUCCUCACACACCCGAGACAGAGAACCCCGCUCACCAUCUCAGCGCUCUCCGUCUGGGCGUUCACCCUCAGGGCGCUCCCCUUCCCAGGAGAGAUGGAGGGAGAGUGGAGGAGAGGGACCACCCCGCUCCCGGGAGCAAGACGACAGACCCGAGCCCAUGACGAGGGAAGACCGGGAGAGGUCCACCUCUCCAGAGAUGAUGGCCAGGGGGAGAGAAAGAGAGAGAUCUCUGUCGCUAGAGAGGGAUAGACGUUCCAGCUCAGAUGGGGAGAGGGAGUCGGGGGAGAUAUGAUACAGAGGGGGACAUCCGAGGUCAUGUUAGAGCAGGGUUUUUUUAGAAAGAUGGAGCAACAGCCCAUUCUAAUGGGCUCCUUACCCCUUCACCUGAACCAUAACCCUUAGAUGUUUGCAGAUAUAUAAGAUGGAAGCAAUAUGGUGGAAGCUACACUGCUUAUACCUAUCUAGACCUUUCAGAUCCGCAAUCAUCAAACGUUUAUGGCUAGGUGGGAGGGAGUGAAUUGGGACUGGCUGGAAGGGUCCAGGAGGGUGGUGAGUAUGUGUGUUCAUUCAUGUUGAAGUGGGACAUAUAAAUUGGGCGGAGAGGAAACAUUGGGGCAAGGAAAUCAGGAUGGGAGCAUGCAAAGAUAGUUGGUGGAGCUUUCGAUUGGGAUGAAUGGGAAAGACCUUGAACGAAAGGUAGGAAGUUGGACUCGGAGCAACACUUUAUUUCAUGUAAUAAUUGGAUAUUGGGACAGGGUUAGUAGAGGGAGAUGGAAGUUCUACCCAUUUAAACGUUUUAUUUUAGAAAUGCUGUUCUGUUUUUUUUUAAUCAUCAUUAUGAUUGACAAUGUUGAUGCGGUCGUCAUUUCCUGGGUUCCAACAUGGAUCCAAAGAUCGGUUUCAUAUGGGGGAGCGCGUAUAGUGUGUACAACUUAGAUUUAUACACAAACAGUGAUGAACAACCACAUCCUUUGAAAGAUAAGUGGUACUCUCAAGUAUGUUUAAGACUCUUCACACUAAUAUGGACAUGUAGAAUUCAAUAUAGUUGGCAACGUACACAAGCAUUUUACAUACUGUAACUUUAUUGGUAUUCUGCAGAAAACCAUGAAUAGAUGCAUACAUUUCGGCAGAAACCCAUGAACAGACACACACACACACACACACACACACAGUCUUUUUGCUGUCAAGGUGGAUGUUUUGGGGGCUCUACCUUGCUGUGCCAUCUACUACAAAGUUAAUAAAAGUCCUGCUUCCAUUGUGA